GCUCCAGCCUCCGGCCCCGCUCGCUCUGCGGCCACCCGAAGCCUCCCGAGGGAGCCCAGGGGAUUUACAGGGAUCGCCCUUGCAUUGCCUUGCAGCCGGAAUGGAUUACGCGCGGCGACUCCUGCCCCUGGUGUUGGUGCUCUGCCAGGGAGCUCGGCACGCAGCGGCUUCGGAGGCUCAGCCCGGCGCCGCCGACAAGCCGCCCUCCAGCGCCCCCUGGCCGCCGCGCAGGUCCAAGCGCUGCUCCUGCUCUUCUCUGGAGGACAAGGAGUGCGUCUAUUUCUGCCACCUGGACAUCAUCUGGAUCAACACGCCAGAGCGAAUUGUGCCAUAUGGACUUGGAGGCCCUUCUCGAACCAGGCGGUCUCUGGAGGACUUUGCAAACCUGGAGGGGACUCACGAGAGAUGCCAGUGUGCGGACUUAAAAGACAAGAAGUGUAGAAGCUUCUGCCAAAAUGGAAAACAACACGGGGCCCAGUCUACAAGAGAGAAGGGUUGGAAAUCCCUUCCUAAAGACAGAGCUUGCAAAGGUCUGACCUGCGCAUACAUGCAGCUGGUUAACAGCAAGAAAAUGAGAAGGUUAGAGGCCAUUGGUAACAAGAUCAAAGCAUCCUUUAAUGCUGCUAAACUGCGGAGCAGGCUGCACAAACGAAAACAGCUGAAGCAUAACCGAACAUACAGAAAGCAAAAUGUUUGGGAAAGCCUAAAGAUGACGUCUUAGUGGAAAGAUCACCGUCUCUAAUCCUUGAGUCAUCAUGAAUUACUGACAAAACAUUGCUGAAGCUCUGUUUUGACUUCUUAACAUUCCACUCCAGGAGAAGAUCGUCAAGGAAUGUUGUUCUAAAUAUUAACUCUCAAAAAGUAAAGGAGGGCCCAAAUGAAUCUUCCAUUCAGACAGAUGGCAACAAAGCCUUUGAACACCGUUGUCCUUUUGAAAUUCAGUUGGACAGGUUGGGUGAAGAACGUCCCUUCAGUGGACUCUUCUUCCCACUGGAACUGUUGGAAGAAGAAGGCACUCAUUUUGCCCCCAGUUCUGAAGAAAGGGGAAAACUAAAGCAGUGUUCUUGGUCAGUUGGGCCGCUUCAGAGACAGAGAGGUCAAAAAUAUAAUGCAAACCUUAUUGUGAUUAAGAUCUGAAAUUGGGAGCUCAAAGUUUUUUGCUUUACAGUUCAGUGCAUUGUGUUACAUGGAUCAGGACGCAUCUCAUACUUGACAGAUCUACCUCACCUGCUGUAUGUUGCACUCUUGCCAAAGUAUUGUUUCAGGUUUUUUUAGUGGUCUUGCAACCUCUUCUUUUUAAACGUUUUGCUAAUCCUUUUGAAUAUUCAGGGCUGUGGAUCGCAACUGCCUAUACUCCAAAUAUUGAGAGGGGAAAGAUACCAAUGGCCCCAUUCCAAAUGCAACGUAGUCUCCUGGAAGGAAUUCCUAUGGUUGUUCAGCGGAUGUCACUUUCAGAUAAGUGUGCGUAGGUUGGAAGUGUGCAACUGUCCAUAUGAACAGAGCGCAGUGUUACAUAAGGCAUUUCAACUUUAAUAGUUAAUGCAAGAAGAGCUAUGACUAUGACAAUGUUUAGUGUAAUGUACAGACCUGGAAAGCCAAUAUUACAUGGACUGCUCUUUAAGCAAAAAUACUGGAGCUGAGGCUGUUUUUCUGUUCCUUGUUUGGAGAAGGCAACAGAUGGUUUCACAACAAGAUAACAGGCUAACACUGAGUGGGUGUUCAUAGCAUUGAAUUUAUCAGUGUAUGAUGUGCUUAUUUUUUAUCUAUAUCUAUAUUUAUAUUUGUAGAACUGUCAUUAUAUUUACCAUGUUGAAUACCCAUUGAAACAGGCCAUAUUGGUCUAUGCAGUAUAUCUUAUGUAUUUCUGUAUGAAAUUGGGGGAAUGACUUAUGCCUGUUAAGGUAAACAUA